AGUUCACAAUUCACCCGCAAGACACCUGCUUUUCGGCCCGUAAGGUUGGCGGCGUUACGCUCGCGACAUGCAGAGCCCUCUUUCCGCAACUCUAAUAAUCUAUCUUUGUUUGAGACUGGCACUGAAUCAAGCAGCAACAUGAGGAUCGGAUUGUGCUCGUACAGCGGGUUCAAAAUCUACCCGGGCCAUGGCAAAACAAUGGUUAAGGCCGAUGGCAAGGUUUUCACAUUCUUGAAUUCCAAAUGCGAGUCCUCCCAGCUAAUGAAGAGGAACCCGCGUAAGGUUACGUGGACCGUCUUAUACAGGCGGAAACACAAGAAGGGUCAGGAGGAGGAACUGACGAAGAAGAGGACGAGGAGGACGCAGAAGUUCCAAAGAGCCAUCGUCGGGGCCUCUCUUUCUGAUAUCCUUGCGAAGAGGAAUAUGAAGCCGGAGGUUAGGAAAGCCCAACGUGACCAGGCGAUCAAGAUUGCUAAGGACCAGAAAAAGGCACAGAAAGCCCAGAAGAAGGCUACCGCACCUCCCAAGGCCAAGCAAGCCCCUAAGAGCAAGGCUGCCAAGCCCCAACAGAAGGCUGCUCCCAGAGUUGGAGGAAAGCGUUAAAUACCUUAUUAUUUGUAAAAAUUAAGCGUGGCUUUCAAAUGAAACACUUUUUUCCCAGGAAUAAACCAGUUGUUCUUUUGAGGUCCAUGUUAAAA